AUGCCCGGGACCGGCGGCAAUUUGCGCGAGGAUAUUGCCGACUUCGUGGUGGAGGAGAUACCGAGCUACCUGCCGAGUGGCGCGGGGGGGCACGCUUACGCGUUCAUCGAGAAACGCGAGCUUACUACGAUGGAUGUCGUGACCGCACUUGCGGGGGCGGGCGUGCCGCGCAGAGCGGUGGGAUUUGCAGGGCAGAAGGACAAGUACGCGGUGGCGCGGCAGUGGAUAAGUGUGCCCGCGGAAUAUGCAACUGCGUUUGAGUCGAUGGGGGAUGUUGGAGGGUUGACGGUCUUGGAGACAUCGCUGCACCGCAACAAGCUGGGGUUGGGGCAUCUGCGCGGCAAUCGCUUCAGUGUGCGGGUGCGUAAUCCACGCAGCGACUGGCAGACGGUUGCAGAGGAUGUGCUGGCGCAUCUUCGUGGGGUCGGUGUGCCAAACUACUUCGGGCCGCAGAGGUUCGGUAGCUUCAACACGAACAUAGUUGACGGGAUGCGCCUGAUAAGAGGCGAGAAGAUGCGGGUUGACCGCAGGAUGCAGCGGUUCUAUCAGUCGGCGCUGCAAUCGCACCUGUUCAACUGGCUACUGAAGAUUCGGAUGGAGCAUGGGCUGUUUGGUGCCGUGCUUGCUGGUGACAGGGCGCAGAAGCACGACACGGGUGGGAUGUUUGUAGUGGAGGAUGGCGCUGCGGAAUCUGAGCGAGUGCGCCGUAUGGAGAUUAGCGCUGCGCUGCCUUUGUUCGGCAAGAAGGCGCGGAUCAGCGGUGGCGAUGCGGGUGAGCUUGAAUUGCGGGUGCUGUCGGAGUUCGGGCUUGAGUAUGGACAGUUCCGAGGCAUUCCGGGCGCGCGGCGGAUCAGCCGAAUACGGCUGGAUGAUGCAACAGUCAAGCCUGCGGAGGACGGCUAUGUGGUGGAGUUCACGCUGCCGAAGGGUUCAUUUGCGACGAGCGUGAUGCGGGAGUUGAUGAAGGAUGGGGAUCUGCGUUGA